CUGUCAAAAUUCUUCAAUAAAGCCAUUCUAUCUCAAAACAUGCCAGUACUUUUUCAAAGCCUAUCAAAAUCAACGCUUAGUCCAACGCUUGGAGCCAAGCAGAAAAUGUUGUUGAGGCAUGCUCGCAAAUAUUUUAGCAGGGCCAGGAUAAACGCUGGGUCAGAAUACUAUAAAGUACCCCCAAAACUUGUGAAUGCAAAAUUGAAACAUCUUGCCACACCUUUGGUUUCUCCUAAAAAGGGCAGGAAUUUACGAGAUUCGAAUACUCCGAAGUGGAAGAGCUUCAAGAUUCACAUAAGCCAACUGACACAGAUGUAUACUCCUAAGGAGCGUGAGUUGAAAAAUUCAAAAUCAAAAGAAAUUGUCCCUAGAGCGAGCGGAAAACAAUUAAUUGACCCAAUUAAAAUCGAAAAAUACAAGAUUAAACCCCCAAUGAGUCGUCCUGUACCUACAGCAACGCAUUUAAGCUCAAGAGCACCUGUCGUGGGCCUUCUUCAUGGACUAAUUAGCAGGUUUGUCUUUACCCAAAAGCGAACCAAAAAACUGAAGAAAAGAAGUCUGCUUAAUAAUCUCCAGCCAAAAAAAACGUGUAAAAGGAGCAUCGUUAACAAAUCUAAACUCUUCAAAUUUCCCUUAAAAGAUCAAAAACGGAGGGAAAAUAAAGUAGAUAAUAAACUGAAAGAAGUUGUUUCAGUUAUGCAGGAGCUGGGCGAGUUUAAGGGUAUAAAGACUCCCAAAAAGAUGACGGAGAAAAUGCAUCGAACUAUAAAGAGCUUAUCCCGAAGCGCCCUUCACUUCCCAGCCGCGCAUGAAAAUCUCUCAAAGUACAAAGUUUCAACAAGAGAAAUACAACGCGAUACAACAUACCCUACUGAACCAUUGAAGACACUAGUAAAGAGAAUCAAAAGCACCGAAUUUAAGAAUGAAAAUCUAUCAAAGUACAAAGUUUCAACAAGAGAAAUACAACGCAAUACAAAAUACCCCGCUGAACCAUCGAAGACAAUAGCAAAUAGAAUCAAAAGCACAGAAUUUAAGAAAGGAAGUCAACUUAAUCUCAAGCCUAAGAAAACGUAUAGGAGGAGCAUCGUUAACAAAUCUAAACUCUCCAAAUUAUCAUUACAACAUCAAAAACGAAAGAAAAAUGAAGUGGAAAAUAAACUGAAAGAAGUUGUUUCAGUUAUGCAGGAGCUGGACGAGUUUAAAGGCAUAAAGACUCCCAAAAGGAUGAUGGAGAAAAUGAACCGAACGAUUUUAAAGAAGUUUUCCGGAAGCGCCCUUAAUUUCGAAACCUCUUUUGGAGAUCUUUCAAAGUACACGGUUCCAGCUAGAGAAGCGCAACACGAUUCAACAUAUCCUGCUGAAUCAUCGAAGACACCAGCAAAGAGAAUCAGAACCAACGAAUUUAAGAUGACCAAAUCAUCUGGGAACAAAGGAUUUGAUUUUAAGCUAGGCAAAGGACUUAAAAUCCACGACUAUGGCUUCAAGAAUCUCAAGAAGGGAGUUUCAAAUCAAGAUACUAUCCAUGAUUCCAAAUCACACACACCAAGGGAGGCAGAAAUUAUUUCUAACCGCAAAGCCUUCCGUACCAUGGACACGAAUCUGAGGAAUUUCACUAGACAAACUGCUACUAACAUCUUUCUUAACGUUGACAGGCUGAGUGACAAAAAAGUUGGCUCAAAGUUAGAACUUUUGGAGCAACUAAAUCGAUUAGAGACCUUAAAACACGGAAAUAGCGACAAUUUUGAGUACUUUGAGGAAUCUGUUUCGCCGUUGGGCUAUGAGAUUUCUGAAAAAUUAAAUAGAACAUUUGCGUCGAUCAAAAGAAUAAAUCAGUCCAGGGCGAAUGCAGAACUGUUUAUUUUAGACGACAGAGAUUCACCCAUGGACUUUUUGACUUACGAUGACUAUCAAGGAAAGUAUGUUCCCUUGGCCGAAGAGAAACCCCAACCACCCAAUCGUCGAAGAAAGAAACGAUCUAAACGACUUUUCGUUCCCAAAACUGACGCAGGUACACAGACUGAAUGCGAGUGUGAAAUUUGCUGUUCGUUGCAAAAGUAUAGGACUGAAAAAGUAUCACCUUUGCUAAUGGAAAUGACAAUGAAAAGAAAUUUUUUGAAUCAACGACAAUACUAUAUGGAAAAUCUCAAGAAAAGAAAGUUAAAAGCACCUGUUUCAGAAAAAAGGGAAUUAAUCUCCAUAACUAAGCCCAAUCAAAGCGAUUGCGAAGCGAAACACAGAAGUCACAAAGAUGUAAAUUUGUAUUCUCGUUACCCCAAAAUCAUUUCCGAAACCCUUGAGAACCUUACAUCCCCCCUUCGAUUUGAAAACUACACACGAGAAUUAUUAAAGGCUUACAAGGCACUCGAUGUGACAAAAAUGAUAUCACGCUGUUAUCAAACACUUUUUGAAGCCGAGCAACGAACGAAUGGAAUAUUUCCAAAUACCUUUGAUCCUUAACCGAAAAUUUGUCGACUAUAAAGUAUCUGAAUCUAGUCAAUCAAUGAAGAUACAGAAAUGAGCAUUUGACUGCAUAUAACAUGCGCGAGAAAAU